AUGAGCUGUGAAUUUUUUCAGCUCAACGAACUCGAAGUCGAGCUAGUUGAGAUACACGAAGUUUUGCGAUGUAUAUUGCACCAGAUCAUGUUUCACCGUGCGUAUGGUCCUGUGCAACCAAAAGAUGUACACAUGGAACUCUGUAAUAUCACCUAUGUUCAAUGUGGAGAGACUGAGGUUGAAAAGAAAAUAGAAGAGAAAAUUGAGGAGUUUCUUGAUUGGUUGGUGAAAAAUCCAGUAAAAAAGAGCCAGAUAUGCUUAUCUUUCUAUGAGGUUAAGAACAAAAAGACAUUUUGGUUCAGAAACAGGACUGAGCGUGUGUAUUUUGAGCAUUGGUAUAUAAAUUUGAAUCUGAUAUCGGAUUCAACCGAGUAUCGUCAUUCUUGCGAAGAGGGAGCAUUGGAGGCUCAUAUUGCCCGAAGGGAAGCACUUGAAGAAUCCAUACGUAAUGUUUUGUCUCAAAUAAUCGAUUUCUUCACCAAGGAGGACUAUAAUAUUCCACCAAUACCAAAUUUUGAUGAUGUUAUUUCGUUUCCAUAUGAAAUUACAAUACCUAGUUCAUCCGAUUCUGCAUUUGGGAUGGACAUCAUCAUGAGAAUGCUACAGAGUGGGCCUCCAACAAUGCUAAGUUGA